CAUGCACACACUGCUCCUGCUCACUCUUUGCCGCUCACUUUGCUGGGGUUUGAACCUGAACUCACAUUGGAAAAUUCACUUCGAGGAUAACGCCUAAAGGCUGAAGAAACGACAAUAUUCACACAAAGGAUGGGACAGUUGUAAAGGAGACUCUUUCAUCUGAAGUGCUACAACAAGACAAAACCAAUGGAGGACGAUAACAUUUCCUCACCUGGGGUCAGGCCUCUUUUCAUUAAAGAAGAGGAUGAAGACCCGAACAUAACCCUCAUGGCACAAAGAGAGUUCAACAUGGCACAAUCUGGACUCACCUUCACAGGACCACAGCUGAAUCAAUCAUCUUUAAUCAAGCCAUACUUGCAGGAGAUGGAUGGCUUAUUGAAGAGCUGCGAGGAGCUCACUGGUCUCUCUUUUGGCUCUCGAUUCAAUGAAACAACCCUGGCCGAAACAUCUUAUAGCCACAGCAGAGAGGAAGUCAAAGUAGAGAGCUACGGGGAAACAAUAGUUUCUCCCCAAGCAUAUCUUUCCACAAGCUACAUUGACACACACAUGGACGGGUCUGGAACAGAAGACCAGCCAGCACAAGGCCAGUCGCAAAUGUUGGGCACCACUAUUGACAGGUGUCAAGUGACCUCAGAAGAUUCUCACCAAAAAGCAAUGCCUCUCACUUCAGCAGGAAAUAAACUGAGUGAAACCAUGGUGGCGUACGAGGGUCAGCUGUUGGGGAUGUUGGCUAUGUUGGAGAGCUGUAUGGAAGAGUCUGGGAUGGAUUUUGAGCCCCAAGGCUGGGCUACAGAAGCAAGCCAAGAGUAUGUACACAUCAGUAAGAAUCCUCAUCGGGGUACAACACUGGUGCCCAUUCAGCAAGAAAGCCCAAUGAGGUUUGAAACCCAGCCGAUGCAGUUAGAAUCCUUGGUUGGCCAACAUGUGGAGGAAGAUAAACCUUCCAAGAGAAGCAGAUAUGAAGAAACAGUGGGUUCAGCAGCAAAUGGAAACCAGAGUGGCCUCUCAAUGGAAACCCUUGAAUGGCAAGACGCGGAGGCUCUUGAUCCUCAGUUUAGGUUUUCAGGGCCAUCAAUGCCAUGUGAGAGUAAAGAAAAUGCUCCCAUGUACUGUGAGGCGAUGAAAACUACUAAUAAAGCCACAUCCAAAACAUCAGACAUAACUGGGAUUGAAGUAGACAACACGGAAGUGCCUGAUGAAGAGAGACAGGAGGAUCUGGAAACUGGCAUUAAUGAACUUAGUGCAAUAGGGUGUCAGAUGGAGGAGUGUAUAGAUGAGGUUCAGCAGUUACAGAAGAGGAGAAAGGAGUUACUGAUGGAGGUGCUGGAGUUGAGAGGGAAUAAAGACACUGAGGAGGCGAGGGUGAUCCAUGAAGAGGAAACAGAAGAACAAGUUGAAAGCAAGGUGGCAGAGCUGAUUAUGGCACUGAAGAGGGAGGAAGAAGGGAGAAGAGAGGAGAGGAAGAAAGAGAUUCAGAGCCUCCGGGAGGAGAGAGCAGAGGAGGAGAGGAGGCUGUGGAAGGUGAACCUGGAGAGGCAGGGGCUGCAUGACGAGCUCAGAAAGCUGAAGAGGAGGUUGUUCUCCAUGGUUAGGGACUGCGCUCACAACCAGGCUGCACUGAACACACAGCACCGUGAGGUGGAGAUACUGAAGAGAGAGGAGGAGAGGCUGCAGUUGCUUGUGCUCCAGCUGACUGAAGGGUGCUCCCAGCUGAGGGCAGCGCAGAAUCAACGGCUCUUAGAGCUGAAGGCGCAACUUCAUGCCCAGCGCUCCAGUCAGACCAACACCCAGGAUGAGAUGAACCGGAGCAAGAGGCACUCCUGUGGAGACAUCCAGCAGUAUCUGCAGGCUGGGCUAAAGGCACUGGAGGACAGGUAUGAACCCAUUCUGCUCACGUUGCUGAAGAGAAGGGAGACAACAGUGGAAACCCUGGUGAAAGCCAGAGAGCAGGCCCAAGAGAUGAGGGCCCAGCUCAGACCCCUAAAGGAGGAGAUCCAAAAGCUGAGUCUCCAGAGGGCUUGCUUAGAGGAGAAACUCAAUAUGGUUUGCAUACAUAGGAGAGAGGAUGUGGGGCAGUACAAGGAGACAGUGUACUUCCUGGAGGAAAGCAGCCGAGAGCUGAAGACAGAGUUAAAGAUUCAGAAGAGAAAAACCAAAGAGACGGAAGAGCUGAGAGACAGACUUACCAAACAACUACUCCUUUACAGGGCAGCCAUUGAGGACGUUAACAAGUGUGAAGACAAGGAGAAAACAUGAUUUUAUAACAAACUGUUAGUUUUUCUUUUAGCAACAUAGUGAACUUCAAGAUUCAAUUAAUGCACUUUACACACAUUGAAUGCAGUAGGUUUUAGAACAGUCUAUGAAGAUUAGCUUGUAGAACGUUUUUUUAUGAAUAAAGCUUUUGUGUUGGUUGUAAUCCAAGUGCGACUGAC